UCAACGUUGAUGUUAGUAUACAUUACCUUGAUUUCUAUUUUGACCAAUUAUUAAUUCCAUACAGUUUUACUGAUUUCACCAGUUUCAGGCAAGGGUUUACCCUCUGUGCUUUUAGUCGGUAUGCAGUUUCCCAGUUGUGUUGCAAACUGUAUAAUUUGAUUUUUCAAAUAGUUAGUCAGAUACCUUGAAGAAACUUGACAUACUUGUAAAAGACAAUGUGAGGUCCAGGAUUUGAUAUUGUAUUACCUCACCAGUAACUUCAUAUUGUAGUACCUGAAUAGGAACUUCAUAUUCUAAUACCUGAAUAGGAACUUCAUAUUGUAGUUCAAACAGUGCCAAUGGUAUCAUUCUUUACCUUGAUGCGUGCAUAGACAAAUCAUUUGUUUGAAGCUUUUACUGGGCCGAUGUCUAUUAAUACAGCAAGUUUCAAUUUUUGUGUGGGUAUGUUAACAUAGUAUCUCUAUUUGGUUAAUUGGUACUGCAAUUCACUUCAGGUCAAUUGUUUUGGUUUAUUUUGAUUGAUCAUAAUUAUGCAAAUAUGUCAUGAUAAUUUGAUGGAAAAUAAAUCUUACCCAAACUGGUAUUCUCAAGUGAAAACUACACCUCCUGUCAACACGGCUCCCUCUCAAAUGAAAACUACACCCCCUGUCAACACGACUACCUCUCAAGUGAUAACUACACCUCCUGUCAACACGGCUACCUCUCAAAUGAAAACUACACCCCCUGUCAACACGGCUACCUCUCAAAUGAAAACUACACCACCUGUCAACACGGCUCCCUCUCAAAUGAAAACUACACCCCCUGUCAACACGGCUAAUUCUCAAAUGAAAACUACACCACCUGUCAACACGGCUUCCUCUCAAAUGAAAACUACACCCCCUGUCAACACGGCUACCUCUCAAGUGAUAACUACACCUCCUGUCAACACGGCUACCUCUCAAAUGAAAACUACACCCCCUGUCAACACGGCUAAUUCUCAAAUGAAAACUACACCACCUGUCAACACGGCUCCCUCUCAAAUGAAAACUACACCCCCUGUCAACACGGCUACCUCUCAAGUGAUAACUACACCUCCUGUCAACACGGCUACCUCUCAAAUGAAAACUACACCCCAUGUCAACACGGCUACCUCUCAAAUGAAAACUACACCACCUGUCAACACGGCUCCCUCUCAAAUGAAAACUACACCCCCUGUCAACACGGCUACCUCUCAAGUGAUAACUACACCUCCUGUCAACACGGCUACCUCUCAAAUGAAAACUACACCCCCUGUCAACACGGCUAAUUCUCAAAUGAAAACUACACCACCUGUCAACACGGCUCCCUCUCAAAUGAAAACUACACCCCCUGUCAACACGGCUACCUCUCAAGUGAUAACUACACCUCCUGUCAACACGGCUACCUCUCAAAUGAAAACUACACCCCAUGUCAACACGGCUACCUCUCAAAUGAAAACUACACCACCUGUCAACACGGCUCCCUCUCAAAUGAAAACUACACCCCCUGUCAACACGGCUACCUCUCAAGUGAUAACUACACCUCCUGUCAACACGGCUACCUCUCAAAUGAAAACUACACCCCCUGUCAACACGGCUACCUCUCAAAUGAAAACUACACCACCUGUCAACACGGCUACCUCUCAAGUGAAAACUACACCUCCUGUCAACACGGCUACCUCUCAAGUGAAAACUACACCCCCUGUCAACACGGCUACCUCUCAAGUGAAAACUACAACUCCUGUAAACACGGCUACCUCUCAAGUGAAAACUACACCUCCUGUCAACGUGGCUGCAAAAAAAGAAGAGGCAAUUCAUUUCUUGACGAUGCCAUCUGACCCUAUACCACUUGCCAAAGGAGAAAGAUUGACAGUGUGUGGUGAAGGGGUUGAAGAGACAAAUCUCCAAACUCUGGAAGGCAACAACUGGGUAGAUGAUCAGAUAGUCAAUGCAUAUUUGAAACUAUUGUCAAGACAGUCGACAGACAGUUGGUGUCCUGGAGAAAAAAGAAUGUUUUCAUUCCCAUCGUAUGCUGCCACUCAAUGGAAGGCUGGAAAUUUUACGACAUACAGAUUUUCCAAGGUGGACUUUACCAUGUACGACUUGAUUAUGGUGCCCAGGUGCCAUAAUAGCCAUUGGGUUUUGCUGGUGGCCCAGCCAAAAACCAAAACUGUUAAUGUUUAUGACUCGCUGGGUGGUGACAACAAGGUUUUCUUUGAGCUUUUCAGAAAGUUCAUGAGCGUCCGGUCCAAUGUUAUGUCUGAUGGAAUGGAUCAGUGGCAUUUUUCAUCAACAACGCAGAACAGACAAACUGAUGGAACAAGCUGUGGCAUCUUUACUUUGAUGAAAGCUGAAUGUCUUGUGAACAAUCUCCCAGCACUGACACUGGGACAGUCGCACGUAGCAUUUUUCCGGAACUAUGUUCGGGGACGUCUGUUGGCCUCUGGGGACAGGCACACAUAUUUAUGUAAUGCCCUGCAGUGUAUUGACCCCAGAGGACAACUUAAGUGGAUGAACUGUGAUGUGUGUGGGCGUUGGGUGCAUGAGAAGUGCAUUGGAACUGGUUUGGACACUGAAGGCUUUCGAUGUGACAUUUGCAAUGUCCAGUACAGUUGAUAAGAUACUGAUUACAGUUGAUACU